AUGGGCGCGAUAAACGUGCCUGUACCAGGUCCAGCACGUCUGAAGCGAUCCGCUGGUCCAGAUGAAUGGCUUGAAGCAGCGAAGAACUGCAAAUAUCUCUCUGAAUACCACAUGAAACAACUCUGCGAAAUCGUCAAGGAGUACAUGAUGGAAGAAUCUAACAUCCAACCUGUCUCUACACCCGUCACAAUCUGCGGUGACAUCCAUGGUCAAUUCUACGAUCUACUCGAGCUUUUCCGAGUCGCCGGAGGCAUGCCAAAUGAAGCCGCAUCCGAACCCCCCGCCACGCCAGCAAACAUCAUCACUUCCGCAGACAUCGAACCCCCUUCUACAAUCACAAAUCCAAAACUCAAGAAGAAGCUAAAACUCGGUGGUUCAGAAUAUCCAGACUCUCCCAGUGAGAAGAGUGAAAUCAGCGAUGCCGAAGACAUCCCUUCCUCCCAACAGUCCGAACUCGGAGACCAGAAAUCAGAAUCUGGCAAUGUCAUCUCCGACAAACAAAAUGCAAACUUCAUCUUCCUCGGGGACUAUGUGGACCGCGGAUAUUUCAGUUUAGAGGCACUCACUUUAUUACUUUGUUUGAAAGCUAAAUAUCCCGAAAAAAUUACUCUGGUUCGAGGGAAUCAUGAGUCCAGACAGAUUACCCAAGUGUAUGGGUUUUAUGAAGAGUGUGUUCAAAAAUAUGGAAACACUUCAGUCUGGAAAGCUUGCUGUCAAGUUUUCGACUUCAUGACUCUGGGAGCGAUUGUGGAUGGCAAGGUGCUUUGCGUCCAUGGAGGCCUGUCCCCGGAAAUCCGCACUCUGGAUCAAGUCCGUGUGGUGGCUCGAGCUCAGGAAAUUCCACAUGAAGGAGCAUUUUGCGAUCUCGUCUGGUCCGAUCCAGAAGAUGUGGAAACGUGGGCAGUCUCACCAAGAGGUGCCGGAUGGCUCUUCGGCGAUCGGGUCAGUCAAGAAUUCUGUCACGUGAAUGGCCUGAAUCUCAUUGCCAGAGCGCAUCAAUUGGUCAAUGAAGGGUAUAAGUAUCACUUCAAGAGCCAGGACGUGGUUACGGUAUGGAGUGCACCGAACUACUGCUAUCGAUGUGGCAAUUUGGCAUCGGUUUGCGAAGUUGGUGAAGACAUGAAGCCAAAUUUCAAGUUAUUCAGUGCUGUCAAGGACGAGCUACGACAUGUACCACCAUCUCGGGGUGGCCGGAACGAAUACUUCCUUUAG